CCCUUAACCGGAGCAAUUGGAGCUAUAACCUCUGUCUCAGAAUUAGUAAAAUGGUUCCAUCAAUAUGACAUUUCAUUAUUUGCUUUAGGAAAUAUUAUUACUAUUUUAGCAGUAUAUCAAUGAUGACGAGAUGUAUCUCGAGAAGGAACUUUUCAAGGACUACACACCUUGCCCGUAACAUUAGGACUACGAUGAGGAAUAAUUCUAUUCAUUUUAUCAGAAGUCUUAUUUUUUGUAUGUUUUUUCUGAGCAUUUUUCCACAGAAGUUUGUCUCCAGCUAUCGAACUAGGAGCUAUAUGACCCCCUGCAGGAAUUCAACCCUUUAAUCCAUUCCAAAUUCCACUAUUAAACACAGCUAUUUUAUUAUCUUCAGGAGUUACUGUUACAUGGGCCCAUCAUAGUUUAAUAGAAGGUAAUCAUUCUCAAGCAACACAAGGACUAUUUUUUACAGUUCUUCUAGGAAUUUAUUUUACUAUUCUACAAGCACAUGAAUAUAUCGAAGCACUAUUUAUUAUUGCAGACUCAGUUUAUGGUUCUACCUUUUUUAUGGCAACAGGAUUUCACGGAAUUCAUGUAUUAAUUGGAACAACAUUUCUUAUAGUAUUUUUGCGAAUUUACUCCUUACUAGUUUACUUUACUAGGUUCGUAUCUCUGGAUUGACAAAUAAAACCGUUUAAUUCACUUCAACAAAAUCUCUUUAUUUUACAACUCGUCUACACUAUAGCAGUUUACUCUUAGCACUAGUUGAUAACGUUGGCGCUGCCACGGCUUAUAUAGCCACGCACUUCUCGCUGAUGCCGACGUGUCCUUCUAGAAUAUUGCGUCUGGAAAUUACCAGAACAUAAUGCUAUACGGCGCCAGACGCAAGCAAACAGCCGCGGCGCCAGACUCAGCAAUUGUUUAGGUAGACAAGCAGACAGUGCAGCGCCAGAUGUCUAUUGUUUCGACAAGCAGACAGCCGCGGCGCCAGAUGUCUACAACAAGACAAAUGCUAUUCCAUAUACCUACAGCUAUUGUUCAUAAUAAGGGAUGCAUAUAGCAAUACAAAUACAACUUAAUACUACUUUUGUAACAGUAUGUUUAAUUCGACAUUUAAACAACCACUUUUCUAAAACUCACCACUUUGGAUUUGAAGCAGCUGCAUGAUACUGACAUUUUGUUGAUAUCGUCUGAUUAUUC